AUGCCCUCACCUGGACGUCAUUGUAACAAAAUUUCUAUGCCGAUUGUAUUUCUUCCAACUAGUUUUAAUUAUGCUUCAGUAUAUCAGGAUUAUGUUCAAGCUUAUAAAGAUAAGCAUGGGAGCGAUGCUCGUAUUAUGUCUGAAUCAACUUUUACCAAUAUCUGGAAAUCAUUAAUCUCAUCUCUUCAAUUUAUGUCUGCGAAGUCUGAUUUAUGUAAAACUUGCAAAAUAAUGAAAAUGAAUAUUCAAUACACUAUGCAGUAUGAAAAAAAAUUAGAACUAACUAAUGAUUAUUUGGCACAUUUAAAUCAUGCACAAGAAGAACGUGACUAUUAUAAUGUUAAUAUUGUAAAAGCUACUGAAGAUGGUAAACGUAAUUCAAAUAUAGUUAAAUCUCAAAUAUCAUUUAAAAUCUUUGAUAGGUGUACACAUAUUGCGUAUGAUUGGGCCCAAAAUGUGCAAAUACCUUAUUCACCGCAGCAAAUAGGAGCCUUAUAUAUUAAAAGUUCUCGAAAAGUUCACUUAUUUGGCGUUUGCAAUACUGGUAAUUUUCCACACACACAACAAAUAAACUACCUAAUCGAUGAAGCUGAAAUGCCUGACAAUGGAAAGCAAGGAAAAGGUUUAAACUGUACUUUAAGUUUAGUUUAG